AUGUCUUACAAACUUAGCUCUACCUUAUUUGGUCACGAACAGGAUGUCAAAGAUGUUGCCAUUACUGAAAAUGGCGGUUUAGUUUCUGUACUGAGAGAUGGUACAACGAGAAUCUGGUCAGAUAUUUAUACAACUCAAUCUGAGGCAACAAUUCUUUUCCAAUCACCGACUAACUCAUUCAUUAAUUCAGUAGCAAGCUUCAAUGAUUUGAUUGCUAGUGGAGGUCAAGACGCCAUGAUUUAUUUAAGUGAUGAACACGGUGAUGAUAAGUAUCAAUUGAUCGGACACGAAGGAAACGUGUGCUCAAUGUCGUAUUCUCAUGGGCAAUUAAUUUCUAGUUCUUGGGAUUGUACUGCAAUCGUGUGGAAUUUGGAAGAGUUCAUUCCCAAAUAUAUAUUAUCAGGACACGAAUCUUCAGUCUGGGAUUGUCAAGUAUUGGGAGAAGAUCAAUAUUUAACUUGUGGUGCUGAUAAAACCAUCAGAUUAUGGCAGGGAAAAUCUGAGGUUAAACAAUUCAUUGGCCACCUUGAUGUGAUUAGAAAAUUGUUGAUAUUAGAAGGUGGGAAACAAUUUUUAUCAUGUUCAAAUGAUGGAUCUAUCAAAUUAUGGGAUCUCCAAACAGGCAAAAACUUGCAAACAUUUUAUGGUCAUGACUCGUUUGUUUACGAUUUAGCAUGGAUAGCUAAUGACAGGUUUGUAUCUACAGGUGAAGAUAGAACAGCCAGAGUGUGGGAUUUAGCAACCGGGAACGUGUUGCAAGUUAUUACUUUGCCAUGCAUAUCGAUAUGGUGUGUGGCCGCGUUGCCAAAUGGUGAUUUUGCGGUUGGUGGUUCUGAUAACUUAAUCCGGGUAUUCACAGCUGAUCCCGAAAGAGUUGCUCCGGAGGAAGAGUUGUUGAAGUUUAAAGAGGCAGUUCAGUCAUCUUCAAUUGCAGAACAGUCGCUCGAUGAUUUGAAAAAGACUGAUAUUCCUGGGUACGAAGCUUUGUCACAGCCUGGCAAACAGGAGGGGUCCACCAUUAUGGUCAAAAAUCCUAAUAGUGGAACAAUUGAAGCACAUCAAUGGUCUGGUGGUGAAUGGCACAAAAUUGGCGAUGUGGUUGGAUCUUCGAGUAGCGGCAAAAAGCAAACUUACCAAGGAAAAGAAUAUGACUUUGUUUUUGAUGUAGAUAUAAAGGAUGGUGAGCCACCAUUGAAGCUACCAUAUAAUGUCAAUGACAAUCCAUAUACUGCAGCUGAAAAAUUCUUAGGCGACAAUAAUUUGCCUGCUUCGUACACUGAUGAAGUUGUAAGAUUUUUGCAGAAAAAUACUGAAGGAGUGAGCUUACAAGAAAGCUCCAACAAUUCGAACAACAUAAGUGAUGAAAGAGUUAUUGAUCCCUAUUCUGAUGCUUACAAUAGACAACAACAACAACAACAACAACAACAAUUGAAGUCGGCUUUAAAAGUAAUUCCUUCCAAGUCUUAUAUUUACUUCACUGAUUACAAGACAGGACUGUUGGUGAAUGGACUAAAAAAAUUAAACCUGUCCCAGGAUACCGAGGUACAGUUGUCCGACCAAGACUUGUCUGUUGUUGAGUCUUCUUUGUUGGAUUUAAAGUCUAAAGAAGCCUUAGACUUGAUAACUAGAUAUUGCAGCCAUAUUAUUAGAAAAUGGACAGCGUCUGCAAAAUUGAUUGGUUUUGAUUUAUUGAGAGUGAGUAUUCCCAAAGUAACAACUGUGGAUAUAUUGACAUCUACAGACGCCGCUGAAGUAAUUUUAGAUGUUGUGAAUUUAGGAUUCGAGAACAUAAACGUGGAAAAUCCGGCACUUUUGAUGAUGAUUCUCAAAGUUUUGAACAAUUUGGUUGGAACCACAUUGUUCGUUCAGUUGUACAUCGAUCCCUGCGGCACAGACAAUAAAUUAUACGAAUACAAUACUUUUUUCAAAAAUUUGUUAAAGAAAUUACAGAAUAACACUGUAAAAUUGACACAGCUGGCAAAAUUAUAUACAUCUACCAUAACUGCAUUAACAACCUUGGUGUAUAACUUAUCAGCAUAUCAAUUACAAACCAGCGCAUUAAAGAAUAACAUUGAAUCUUCCAAACCAGUUAUCGAAUUUAUGGACAAUUUAGGUCAUCAAAUUGUUGCAUCCUCAAGCGAGGCGGCUUAUAGAUUAGCUGUUGCGUAUGGCAAUUUUAAAUAUGGAGAAUUAUACACUAAAGAAACUCCCUCUUGGUUAGCAGAAGUUGGAAUUCUUUACGCAAUCAAUGGCGAACAAAGAUUCCUUGACAUUGCAGAAGAUUUAAAAAACAUAUAG